AUGGCGGCCGAUGAGGAGCGGCGCAGGGCGGGUCGCGCUGGUGGCGGCCAUCGUGGCCCUGGUGCUGCUGACGGCCGGAGGCGCCGCGACAAGGGCAAGGAGCAGCCUCCAGCCGAGGACCUGCGCUCGGCCUCCCGCAGCACGAACGAGCGUGCCCCUGCGCGCCGUCGGGCUCGGCGGGGCCACCCGCGCUCCGACGGCGAGGCGGAUGCCUCGGGCUCGCAGGCCAGUGAUCGAGAGCGCCCUGGACUUGGAGGACUCGAUCGCGCCGCCCUGGACGAGCUCGUGGCUGCCCUCGAGGCGGCGGCCACCUUCCCCUCGCAGGAGCGCCAGGCCAUGCAAGUGGAACAAGCGCCCGCUGACACCCAGCAAGAUGGACCUCAACAUGCUCCUCAUGACCCGUGGCAACGACCUGGCGGGGACCCUUGGCAUGAUCGCGCCGCCCCCGCUGCUGGACACACUGAACCACCUGCGGCUGGCACUCCUGUCGGUGGGAUGGCCACUCCUGUGGACGCUGGCGGCAUGGACAUGCAGGCCAUGCUGCAGAGCUGCAUUCGCCAGGCCACCGACGCCAUCGCCGCGACCUCCAUGGCCCAGGUCACCUCCUGCCAGACGCAGCUGGUGCGCAUGUUCCAGACCCAGCAGGAGGCAGUCAACAGGUCCCUCGCCGUGCAGACGCGCGACAUCGCCUCCAUCGGCCAGCGCGCCGACGCGCUGGAGGCGGAGCAGGCCGCCAUGCGCAAGCAGAUCGGGGACAUCAACAAGGCCCUGGCCCUCGCCGAGAAGGAGUUGCCCAUCAUGGACUUUCAGGAGCUGGAGGCGUGGUCUCGUCAACCCAACCCGCGGAUCUUCUCGAUUGGGGCGCCGCAGCUGGUCGGACCCGCCCAAGCUCUUCAAGGUUUGGAGGAGUGGAUUCGCGCGGCUGGCCUCACUCACGACAUGGUCCGCAUCGACCCUGCGGUCCCCUCCAAGCGCUUCAACGUCUUGGUACAGGGCGGCGACGGUGUCGCUCUCCCUCGGGCCCAAGCACUCGCAAGGCAUCUACGUGACCCAGCUGGCAGGAAUGGGUGGCGCUCCUUCAACGCGCAGAGCGUCGGCGGAGGCGUCGUCCCGCUGUACAUCUCGCCUGGCAAGUCACCGCAGCAAGUACGGAUGGAGAUCCAAUCGAGGAAGCUCUCGGUUUUGCUGGCAGAAGCUCUUCCUGAUCAGUCUUUCAGUGCUCAGCGGGCCCGUGGCAUCGUCACCUCUCAGGGCGUCAAGGUUGCCAAGCUCGAGAUGGGAGAAUCCCGCUUCACCGACACUAUCAUCAGGUGGAACCCAGACAUGGUCGCCAGGCUGCACAUCGACAGGGAGUCCAUCAACACGCAGUUCAAGAAGGCCUUCUCCACGGAGGACAACACCGAGCUGCGCAGACGCAAGUUGGCACUGCUCGUCACAUACAUGAAGGUCAACGCCAUCAUCGCCGUGCAGGAGGUCCACGGCUCCGAGGACGCCCUCAGGAUUUUUCUCCAGUCGCAGCCGCAGAAGUACUUGAGCUUCCUUUCGCCCGGCCCUUCCGCCGCCGUGGGCGUUCACGAAACUCCACACCUGCUCUGCCGACCUAUCGCUUCGACAUUGGCGGCCGGCCGCGCGGCGCUCCUCACGAUCACCGACUGCACGGGCAAGUACAGCAUGCAGAUCUUCAACAUUCACAACUACGACCUCAAGCCGCACGAGUUCUCUGCAGUACAGCGCACCUGGUCCAGUGGCCUGGCGCGGGCGCGUCGCGACUCGUUACACCGCAUCUUCCUGGGAGUCGGUGACUUCAACAUAGCUGCCCGCCCGCCAGUCAGUCAACGAGCACCCACAGACACCACUGCUUGGCGCCUCCGACCUGAUCACCGUUGCCAACUUCGGCAACCUGCGUGGCGCCGUCUAUUCGCUGCAGCUAUGGAGGUUGAGUCUCAGUGGCCGACCCACUACGACAAGUCCUGCAAGCAGCUGUCCACGAUCGACCGAAUCUUCUUGGGCAUCGACGCGCAUGCCAUGCUCUCCGUCUCGACGAUCCUUACCACUGCGAGGGACGCGAUGGAGCUUUCCGAGGAGGGCAUCAGCGACCACGCGCCCCUCGUCCUGCAGAUCACUGCCGCACGCCAUGUCCCACGAGACGAGCAGCCAAUCCCGACGCACCUCUUCAACCACAGGAAGUACCUUGAGACCUACACGCUCAUGCUGGACCACUGCGCCCUGGCUGGGGAAACGGCGGAAGGCCGUUGGAGAGCAGCGAAGCAGUGCAUGAAACUUGCAGCGCGACGCGUUCGUGAUGACCAGCUGCGGACCAAUUUCUCCCUACACGUCAAGGACUCCAUGGCUGAGACCUCGUACAUGGGCUUCAAGUCGGCGGCGCGUGCAGUCUGGCGACAGGACGCUGUCCUGGCAGGUAGGCCCCUCGAGUCCUGCCCUGCGCUGGCCGCCCACCUCCACGUUACCGACGGCACCGUGCACCUUGUGGACCCCCACAGCUUCGCCACCAACUUCGACGCCAUCGCCGAGCGGGUGCACUCCCUGCGCAGACAGGCGGCGGAGGCAGCAGCUCGGACGGCCAACGUGCGCGACAGCGCAGCCUGGCGGAGGGUUGAACGCAAGGCCGCCAGGCAUGCGCAGCUUUGGGUCCCGUGGCGGCGACGUAUGAUCCUUUCGGGCUUGCGCGUGGAUUCCGCACCGCGUGCUGCCAAGGACUCGAAGGUGGCUCAGCACGUGGUCUCUGACCCCGCGGGCAUGAAGGCGACUGUGGCGAACUACUGGGGUGAGAUCUUCGCGAAGGUGCCGAAUUCUGAACAGCUCAAGGCAUUGGACGCCUUCCUGGACAAGCACGCACCAAGGAACCCUGCGCCCAUCGCCACAUCAUCUACUUCACCCGAGCAGAAAGGCUUCACUGCUGAGCGGCGCUUCGUCGACCACAUCCCGUACUUGGACGCGGAAUGCCGUCGGGAGGGCCUUCUUCCUGACGCGGCGACCCGCCGCCCCAUGUUCCUGUCCUUCGACUUCCGUCAGGCCUUCCCCUCACUCUUCAGGGAAGUCAUCGAGAAGAUCCUCCCGCGCUUCGGGGUCCCGCUGGGCUUCCGCAACGUGGUCGCGGCGCUCUACAGCAACUGCCUCGCCUUCAGCUCCUUCCGCGCCGAGGGCACCUGUGCGGAGCUCGAGCCGCUGUUCGCGCUCCUGUGCGGCAUCAUGCAAGGAUGCCCGCUCUCUGGCACGGUCUGGCGCUUGGCCAUGGAUGCGCCCAUCCGCGCGCUACUGGCUGCGAUUGCUGAGCAUGGGUUCCUCACGGCUUGCGCCGACGAUCUCGGGAUGCUGAUCAAGAACGCUGUUGCCCUCCCUAGCAUCGACUACACCUUCGUCUCCAUAGAGCUUGCCUUCAACCUGCAGCUGGCGCUGCACAAGUGCGUGCUGGUCCCGCUGUGGGAGGAGCUCUCGGAGGACACACUGCUGAACGUUAAGUCUUUCCUCGCUAAGGAGGUCCCCCGCUGGCUGGGCUUCCGCGUCGACUCCACGGCCAAGUACCUGGGGACUCACCUGGGUCCAGGCGUCACGGACUUCGGCAUCUGGAAGGCUGCUGCGGGGAAAUGGUGGACCCGCUGCUGGGAGCUGGCGCGCACCGGCAUGGCCACCAGCCUUGCGGCCCGCGCGUACAACAUCAACGCGCUUCCGUGCCUGUCGUACCUCGCGCAGUUCUACUUCAUCGUGCCGGCCAUCUGGAAGGUCGAGUUCACCUCCAUGCACCGCCUGCUGCGGCUGCCGCCCUCGUCCAUGCGCAAGGCUGACAUCCUGUCGAUGAGCGCGUGGUGCGGCUCCCCGUCGCCGAUUGGCCUCUUCCCAUACACGCUCGCGGCGAUGAUGCGCUCGGCGGAGAACACGGUCCGCGGAUGGGAAGCCCACCUUCACCACCUUCAUGAAGCUGCCGUGGAACAUGUCCCACUGAUUGACGUGAUCAAGGGCAACUGGUCGCCGCCGUGGUGGCGGACGCGGAGGGCGAUCGUUCAGAACUACGCCAUGAUCACGGACGCUUACGGCCAGCUGGACAUACCCAGACCGACGCUCGACGUGCUCACGGUCCCGAUCCCGAGCAGGUACCUGAAGAUCGCGAAGUCGGCGAUGACCCUGGAGACGACGACGGCGGCAGCGGCCACCCCCACCAGGAAGCCCAAGCGCCAGGCCACGGCCGCCGCUUCGCUCCGUGGCUCGCUGUACCCCGAGGACCUGGUGGCCACCAUCCACCGGCGGCUGCGCAGGUGGCCUCCGCUGCGUAGCAAGCUGACGGAGGUCCGCCCUGCUUGGAUGUGGUCGUGGAUCCGCACCGCGGUCAACGGCUGGACGACAUCUCGUCGCAUGAGCGCCGUCAUCGACGCGCGUCAUUGCCUCUUCGGCUGCGACGAGGAGGACGCGCUCGAGCACUACGUCGUCUGCCCGAUCCUCAGGGCGAUGACUGCGGGCGACGCUGGAGCGGACUCCCUGGGCAACGGCGCCGAGCUCCUCGGCCUCGGCGACGAGCAGUACCACGCAAAGAGACCCAUCACGGAUUGCAUCUACGCGGUCGGCCUCAUGUGCCAGUGCUACCACAUCCAGAAGCACCGCAUGGACGUGGGCCUGGACGCUGGAGCUGACCAACGGGCUGGUGUGAGACUGGCCGCUCUGCACCGCAUGCAAGCAUAG